AAAAUUACAUCUGUGGUGCUUGGGUGUGAAUCUUAAGUUGGUCAAGAUUGCAAGUUUGCAAUUUGCAAAUUCUGGUUUAAGAGUAGUAGGAGUUUCCUAUUGAGCCGAAUCAGGGGAUGGCAUCAAGAUUCUUCUCUUUCCAUCUCUCCAUUCGAGUGCUUCGGUGGAAACUCUCCUAUUUCCCAGGACUUAUCUUCUUCAUCCUUAAGGCUGCACAAAUGUGAUCUUGCUGCUUUCUCUUUAGCCCCUCCAGGCUUGUGGUGUUUUUUCUACUUCAUUCUCAGUGGUAAGUUUUUUUUUUUUGGUAGAAAUUCUCAGUGGUAAGUUGGUAACGCUCUUUUGCGAUCCGUGUUAUAGGGUAUGUACGACCUGCAACAGACUAGGGUCCUUCUAAUAAGCUACUGUUAUAGUG